AUGAAAUCAACACCAGUGUCUAUAAUUGAUUUCCCUGAUGAGCUUUUAGAGAAGAUUAUUCGCUCAUUAAAUCAAAAAGAUCUCAUACAAUUAGCAUUGACUCACCCACGUUUCUCCAACAUUUGUCAAUUAUCAUUAUUACGACGUAUAUAUAUUUAUAAUGAUGACAAGUAUUUCAAAUUCACCAAAAAGGCAACUUACAUUCAGGAAUACUUACACAUGACAACGGUGGGGUUAUCCAAUUUCCUCAAAUUAUUGACAUCACCAAAUUUUCAACCAUCUUUGACUAAAGAGAUUGUUAUUGCCAAUGAUGAUAAUGCGUAUCUUCAAUAUUUUGAAUUGAUGGAAAGACAACAAUUGCCAGUCAAAUACGAUCGAAUAAAAGAUAUUGAUGUUCGAAAUUGGUUACGUGAAGUCAAGCCGAGUCGGAAAACUAAAUUAGCCAUGGAAUUAGCAGAAUUGAAAAGGAGAUCACAAUUUGUUGCCGAUAUCAAUCGAAAUAAAACAGAUUAUUAUGAUUCAAAUGAUCAAUUCAUUGUAGUCAUUACUAUCAUUUUUGUCUUUGUAGGGGUUUUAGUUUUCAUUGUUAUGUGGGGUAACAAAUGGGAUCUUCAAAUGAUGAAUUUGUUCUUGACUGGAUCUACUCCAUUUGGAAUACUGAAAAUUGAUAAUGCAAAGAAAUUAUUUGCUAGCCUAUUUUGA